AUGUUUUUCACCAAUUCACGUCAGCAAGCUGAAGAAUUCAUAGCAAAUGGUUUGAUCACUAUUGGUAGCUUACAGUGUCGCGUAAAAGCUUUAAAACCGACUAUACCCUUACAAAAGGAGAACAAGAGAAACAAGGAAUCCGGUAAUCAAUUAGGAAUAUUGAUUGAAGAAGACCAAGUCACUCAUAAAGUUCUUGUUCACGAUGUUUCUACGAAUAUAGCUGAGAAUGAUCUUAAAGAGAAAAUCGUACAAGUUUACCAUGGUGUUAAAAAUGUUAAGCGAUGGUAUAGUAGAAAUGAGCCAAGUAUUCCAACAGAAAACGUUCAAAUUGAUUUUGAAUUACCAGAAAACACCAAAACCCUACUUCAAAAAGAUUUCAUUAACAUCGGUCAACUUUAUUGGUCCGUUUAUAGACAAUUGAACGACUUGAUCUUUCGUUACAAUGCUCAGCUCAAUGAUGCAAUCCAACAUCCAUGA